AUUUAAAGGUCAGAUGAGUAUAUGAUGCCCUUUAGUCAAUGGUGACGAUUCCUUCUUGAUCUUUUUUUUUUAAUUACUUUUAUUAUUAUUAUUAUUAUUAUUAUUUUGGAUUACUAGCUAUAGGGGAAAAAACAGAGCGUAAAUGGUUACCAAAACCAACAAAAGCCUAUAAUAAUUGGAGAGUGCGACCUCUCUCCGACAAGGCAUAAUAAUAACGAACACGGGUUAGGAGAAUCAUGAAACCUGCCAACCUCACUCUCUUUGCAUAUCUGGACAGAAGAGAAAAAUCUCUCUCUUUUCUCUCUCCUCCUCUCUCGUUUUCUUUUGUUCAUUAUUUAGUUAAAUAAUGUUUUAUUGUGGGACAAGGGAGAAGAGACCGAGUAUAUAAAGGGGUUCAUGCUCCUUUACUUAUAUUCAAAAGUUGUGGCAUGCACUAUUGAGUUGCUGCAUUUGGUGCGCAAGGCACUAGCUAGUUAGUUAAUUGGUGGUAUAUAGAGGGAAGAGAGAGAGAGAGAGAGAGAGAUGGGCAUGUACUCUUCUUAUCUCAUCUUAUGGCUAAGCUUAUUGAUGUCAUGUUGUGCUCCACUAAGCUUAGCAAUCCACCAACACAAGCGUUGGCCAAUCGGAGGAUCCACUAGGUUCUACGACUUCAAGGUGCAAACGUUGAAGGUGACGAAGCUGUGUAAGACGAGGGACAUCGUAACCAUCAAUGGCAUGUACCCAGGCCCCGUCGUGUACGCGCAGGAGGACGAUCGCGUCAUCGUCAAGGUCACCAACGAGACACCCUACAACGCAACCAUCCACUGGCACGGGGUGCGGCAGCGGCUGUCGUGCUGGUCGGACGGGCCGUCGUACAUCACGCAGUGCCCGAUCCAGUCAGGGCAGACGUUCACGUACGAGUUCACGCUGUUCCAACAGAAGGGCACGCUGCUGUGGCACGCCCACGUCUCCUGGCUCCGCGGCACUGUCUACGGCGCCAUCGUCGUCUACCCCAAGACCGGCGUCCCCUAUCCCUUCCCCACCCCCUACGAGGAGCACAUCCUCAUCCUCGGUGAGUAUUGGAACAAGGAUGUGGUGCAGCUGGAGAAGCAGGUUCUGGCGAGCGGUGGAGCCGCCCCGCCGGCCGACGCAUUUCUCAUCAACGGCCACCCCGGCCCACGCUACAAUUGCUCGGCCCACGAUUACUACAAGAUCGACGUAGUCCCCGGCAAAACCUACCUCCUGCGGCUUAUAAACGCGGCGCUGAACACGGAGCACUUCUUCUCCAUUGCGGAGCACAAGAUGACCGUCGUCGAGGCCGACGGCGAGUACACGAAGCCGUUCGCGACGGACCACCUGAUGCUCGGCCCGGGCCAGACCGCGAACGUGCUCAUGACGGCCGACCGGCCCAUCGCCAAGUACGAGAUGGCCAUGGGCCCGUACAUGUCGGCCCAGAACGUCACCUUCCAGAACAUCUCAGCCGUCGCCUACUUCCAGUACACGGGCGCUGGCGUGGACUCGCUGGGCCUCCCGGCGCAGCUCCCGGCCUUCAACAACAACCUCGUCGUGAAGACGAACAUGGACGGCCUCCGCAGCCUCAACGCCCCCGCAAGCCUCCCCCUCGAGAUCGACGCCAACCUCCUCUUCACCGUCGGCCUCAACGUCGACAAGUGCGACCGGGCCAAGCCCAACAAGACGUGUCAGGGGCCCAACGGCGGGAUCUUCGCGGCGUCGAUGAACAACGUGAGCUUCGUAAGGCCCACAAUCUCUUUGCUGCAGGCCUACUACAGCAGCAUAAACGGUCACUACACUGAGGAUUUCCCGGGUGUGCCGUUGAGGGCAUAUGAUUUUGUGCACGGGGCGCCAAAUAACAUACCCAAUGAUACGCAGUCCCUGAACGGGACUAAGGUUUAUGUUCUCGACUACGGGAGUAGGGUGCAGCUCGUGUUCCAGGACACGGGGACGGUGACCACGGAGAACCAUCCGAUCCAUUUGCAUGGGUAUAGCUUCUACGUCGUCGGGUACGGGACCGGGAACUACAAUCCGUCGACCGCGAAGCUCAACUUGGUCGACCCGCCGUACAUGAACACGAUCGGCGUCCCGGUCGGGGGAUGGGCAGCAAUCCGAUUCAUCGCCGACAAUCCAGGAGUUUGGUUCGUGCAUUGUCACCUAGAGGUUCACAUGUCCUGGGGACUCUCCAUGGCAAUUAUUGUGAAGAACGGUCAGGGACCGUUGGAGACUCUACCGCAUCCUCCCUCCGACCUACCCCGGUGUUGAUGAACGGUAGAUGAGAGUUGAAAAUGUUACGGGGCUAGUUGUUUGGUCCUUUUCGAUCGAUUUAAUUAUUGGGCGUGUUAUAAUUUGGAGUUUAUUUGACUUUUUUCAUUCUUUGUUGCAAAAUUUCAUGUUUGUCGUUAAGUGUAUA